AUGGCGGAUUCGAUACUCUGCUACGCCGCCACAGUGCUGGUGGCGCAGGCAGUGGGGGGCGGCCCAGAGUCAAAGUCCAUCAUGGACGCCCUGCGGGCUGACCCCCGUUUGGCCCACCAGUUCCUGCUGCUGGCCCACCUCUACGCGCGAUCAGACGGCUGGGCACUCGCAUGGCUGCGCACCGCGCUGCUGCGGCCAAGUUACUCUCCCGCGCAGCUGACCGCGGCCGUCGCGGGCGGCGUGGCGGCCACGGCGGCGGGCGCGGCGGUUGCGCGGGACCCGCGGGUGGCUGAUGCGGUGAUGGCGCCGCUGGAUGCUGCCUGGGAUUACGCCGAGACAGCGCUGCCGCCGCUGCGCACCCACCCAAAGCUGGUGGCGGCGCUGCUGGGCACGCUGGCGCUCGGCGGCGUGUGGGCCUACAGGCGCUCGGCGGCGGCGGCGUCGCUGGCGCGCGCGGCGGAGGUGCAGGCGGGGGUGCGCGUCAACCGGCCGCAGCCGACGCAUGUGGUGGCGUCGCUGCUGGACUCCCUGUUCAGCCGGCAGGAGCAUGCUGGGUUGCAAUAG